AUGGCGACCGAGCCGGCGUACGCGCUGCCGAUUAAGUCCGGCAAGCUGGGCUUUGAGGGCCCACAGGAGGUGCUGCACAGGGUCCGCAUAACCCUCUCCUCCAACAGCGUCAAGAACCUCGAGAAGGUGUGCUCCGAUCUGGUGAAGCGCGCCAAGGAGCAGCCUCUCAGGGUCAGGGGCCCCGUCAGGAUGCCCACCAAGGUGCUCAACAUCACCACCAGGAAGUCCCCCUGUGGAGAAGGUACCAACACCUGGGAUCGGUUUGAGAUGCGGGUGCACAAGAGGGUGAUCGACAUCAUCAGCUCCCCAGACAUCGUCAAGCAGAUCACCUCCAUCACCCUCGAGCCUGGCGUCGAGGUCGAGGUGACCAUCAGCCAGUAG